AUGAAGUCUAUAAAUAGAGGGUUGGGGAUUAAAUCCUAUUGCUCAUUCCAUUCAGAAAAAUUUGGCCCUCCUGAAGCACUUCUCUCAAAGAAUAAAUCCCUAACCCUUCUAGGCCGUUACCUCCUAGCUACCAUUGAAGACGGAGAUCAUCGGGGCCAACCACCUUCUACGUCGGAAGUUGUUGAUGUGGAACGCUGCUGUCAUUCACCGGGCAGUUACGAUCGCCACCUUUCUUCUCUCUUUCUUGAUGUCGGCGCUGCCCCGUUUCACAGUGGUCUCUUCUCAGUCACGACCACCGUCGCCAUUUGGCUCGGUUCUGUUACUCGGGUCGCUGCUCCAGUCACUGCAAACUACCGCCAUCUCGUGGUGCCGCCGCUAUCUCUGGCCAAUGGCGUCGCUCCUGCUAUUUCCUUUGAAGACGAGUUUGGCUAG